AUGGGGCUGGGAGACACCGGGUUGUGGCAGCUGCAGCCCCGGCCGGGCCGUCCCCACAGGCGGCACGGCGGGGGCAGAGGACGCGCUCAGCAUAUAUGCAAAGACUCCAUUAACUGCUCACCUGAAAAGAUGCUUUCAGGGAGAAAUGUUUCUUUACCAACAUCUAACAACCUCCUAGCUGCUGCUGCUGCCCUGCAAGGAGUCAACUUAGUUUGUUUGUUAAACAUGAGUGUGCUGACUGCCUGCUUGCAACCGCAGUGCAUUAAAGGUAAAAUCCUUGAUCUUACAGCUUCAGAGGCUUCAGGAAAAGCAAUAGAGGAAGAUGACUAUGAUAGAGCUGAUAAAUUUAGACAGAGGCUGGAAGACCUGGAGGAAGAGAAGAAUUCUUUAAAAUUUCAGCUCCCUUCAAGGCAUCCUUCUGUUAGCAGUUUUUUGGAUAAGUUUGUUACUCAAGUUCAAGCAGCGUUGCGCUGGGCUGCUGAGCAUCGGGUUAGACAUGAAGAAACCCAGCUUUGGCAUGAAAAUGAACACAAGCUUUUGAGAUCCACUUACCAGGAGAGGAUGCAGGUUUGGGCCACAAGACGGAACCAACUUUUGCAAGAGAAGAAAUGUUUACAGCAAGAAAUUGAAGACCUCCGAGCAAGACUGGCUGGGUUAGAAGCAAAAGAUGAGCAGCUAAGAAAAGAAAUUGAAGAACAAGAUGGGCUUAUUCAGUCCCAGGACUGUGAACUGGCUGCUGUACUUGGCUGCAUCUCUUUGAGAGAACUACAGGAAAUCAGCAAGGCUCUGGAUGACACUCUAGCAUUCUCCUAUCAAAUUCCAUUCAGUCUGGAACUUCCAGGGACAAUAAAGAGCCUUCAGGAAAAAGAUCAAUCAUUCAGCAUGUCCAUUAAAGAAACCACUGCCAAAGUCUGUACAAAUCAGAAGCUCUGCAGCACUUUGAGGAGCAGAGUGAGUGCUAUUGAGACCCAGCUACCAGCUCUACUCCAAGCCAAGAUGCUGGCUGUUUCAGGAAGUAAUUUUGGGACUGCAAAGGAUCUAGCAGAAGACAUAAAAUCAUUGACAUCUGAGAAGGAAGGGCUGGAAGGAGUUCUGAAUGAACUGUUGAUUCUGAGUGCCAGAAACAUCCGAAAAUUAGAGAGAAUAAAAGAUGAUUACUCCAGACUGAAAGAAGAGCUGGAAGAAGGAGAGGCUGCCUUUGGACCUUAUGAGCAGUAUGUUGGCUGA